CAAACGGAACCCUAACCCUAAACCCCAAAUCGUAAUCGAUUUGAGCCUCCACACACACACACCCACACACUCUCUCUGUCCCAACACAAAACACAUGGAGGAGAAAGGGAAAGGUUUGGCAAUGCAAUUCGAGAUCGCUUUAUUUGCUUCAACGUCAAGUUCGAAGGAUGGAAUACAGGCAGAGUGGUAUACCAUUAAGGUCCCAGAUAAAGAGUGUUUUCCUCCUUCUUCAAAUGUAGUAACUACCAUCCUGAAACCGCUCCGUCCGUUUUCUGAAGUCAAGUUGGCUUGGGCAGACAGAGAACAUGCAGUCAUAGGGUCCCGUCUGUACUCUCUUGGGGACAUGAAUCCUGAUUCUGAACCUCACGCCGACUUAACUACCCCCGAAUUCGAUCGUUUUCUUAAAGUGCACAGAUUUGACCUUAGCACUCCUGAUGAUGGUUGGAAACCUGUCGCUACCAUGACUUUUCCUAAGAGGUUCGAACCUCCCUGCCUCGUCCUCGACGAUAAGUUAUAUGUGUUAGGUGGCUUUGCAUCAGACAGAUAUUCAAAAGAAGUAGAAGCAAAAGGGUAUGGCUGGAUGGAGGUUUAUGAUCCCGUUUUAAAUACAUGGGAACCCUUGCCCAAUCCUCCUCUUGAGUUUGGGUUUCCACUCUGUGUUCCUCUUCCUGUUUAUUACGCUGCUCUCGAUUCUAAAAAACAGAUUCUUGUUGCUCAAAAUGAAGGUGCGAGGUAUAAAGCUACAUUCUAUGUUUAUCAUGUGAUCGAUCGAUGUUGGACAGUACUUGAGCCUCCUGGGCGCGAGCUACGUCCUCAUUAUCCUGACCCGGUUUUGGGAAGACGAAGUGUUGUUGUUGAUAACACUAUCUAUUGGGGUUUCGUUCUAGAUGGGUAUGUCUUCGUACAAUCUUUCAAUAUAGAUACGGAUCUGUACUUCCACGGAAGUUUGGACACUCAGCUAUUUUUUCGGGAUAGUGAAUUUGAAUUUCUGGGUUGUCCAAUGUUACCUUUGCUCCAUUUAGCUGAUCAGAGAUUCUGCCUUUUCCUGUUCACCUUGGUUGAUAAAAUGGAAUACGCUGGUAUGGUAUUUCUUAAUUGUAUUGUACUUGAUAUCUCUCUAAAUCAAUUUAAAGAUGAGGGCAAGCAACAGUCUAAAGUAGAGUUCGAUGAAUGUUAUAAAUAUAAUUUUAUGGGGGAUUCCAGUAAACAGCUUAAUAUUUCCCUUGUGUCCGUCCAAAGGUAUUCCUUGCGUAAUAUGUUCUGGCUCUAUGAUGCUUUGUUGCUGGAUCGCCCAACUUAUAUGCCAAUGAAGAAGAAACCAAAGCUAUCACAUGAAACAAGCCUAAUGAUCAAAGAUAAUUAAGGUUGUAGGUUGUUUCCUUGAAGAUUUUGCAUAAAGAAACAGGUAUACUCUGUUCAUUAGCAUGCACCUUACACUCAAAUUUUCCUAAAGGAAUAAUUUUUCUUUAUUUAUUUAUUUGAUGAUUGGUGCUAAGUUUUUGAAUUUGUGAAUAGUUCGGAGAUGUAUUUUACCAAAUUCUAUUAGGUUUGAGAUUAUGCAUGCACAUUUUUUAUCAGUAUUUUCACUUGCACUUUCACCCAAAACAUCAUUUAACUUCUUCUUACAUGUUUUCUGAAAGGGGUUAAUUUACUCCCAUCAACCAAUCAUCCAGUAUGUAUGAUGAGAUAGAAUCCAAUAGAGACAAAAGACACUAAACUUCCUUUUCUUCACUUUGUAGUCAUAUGGGUUCAAACUCUUUAACAGAGUAGACAUUAUAAAAUGCUAGAUACACAAUAAUAAACAAAACGUAACGUAGACUAUUUAAAGACUACUCUUAAAUAGACUAAUUGGCUGUCUUUGCUUUUGAGAUUGGAUGAGGUCUAUGUGAGAGCAUAACUUCUCUUUUUCUAUUUACAAUUUUGCGUAUGAUGUGUUUGAAAAAUGCAACUUAAAUUGGUUUAUGGAUGUUCACCAUGGUUGAUAAAAUGGAAGGUAUAGUAUAUCUUAAUUGUAUUGUACAUGAUAUCUCUCUAAAUCCAUUUAAAGAUGAGGGUAAGCAAGAGUCUAAAGAAGAGGUCAAGCAACGUUUUAAAUAUCAUUUUAUGGGGGAUUCCAGUAAACAGCUUAAUAUUUCCCUUGUGUCCAUCCGAAAGUAUCCCUCACGUAAUAGCUUCUGGCUCCAUGAUGCUUUGUUGCUGUAAGUUUAUUGCUCUCUCUCUCUCUCUAUUGUUACCCUUUCCUCUUUCCUCAGUCAUUAAAUGAUUUUUGUUUUAAAUAUAUAUGAAUAACUGUCUGAUACAACUCUUGAUUUUUUUGGGGAUUAAUUACUGAAUUUUAAUAAAGAAACCAGAACCUACAACAGAGAACAUAAGCAACUAAGUAGCUGCCCACCAGUUACAGAGCUCAAGACCAGCAACGGCAAGAAACUGCAUAACACAACACACCAGACCAAGUAACACCUAUAACCUCUUACACAAUCAUUUCCGAAGACAGAAAAGUUGAUUCUCCAAUUACAAUAGAGAACUCUAUUAACUAAGAGUUCUUAACUCUCAUUCCAAACUCAAUCUGGGCCUUGAGGUCUCUGUUUAGAGUUAGGAUAGUCUCAUGGGAUUUGAUAUCUUGGCAAAACACAAGAGCUUUCCUUUGGAGCCAGAGGUGGUACACAGCAGCAGCCAGAGCCAACCUUUUGGUUGAACCCUUAAACUUUUUCCUUUCCAAUUAUCAAUCCCCCAUUGAACAAGUUUUUCCCAACAUUAGUCCAGAUUCUUCACUAGACAUCUCUUCUUGACUUGCCAAAUCCUCUUAGCAAAAGGACUCUAGAAGAAAUGAUCUCUAGUAAUAAAAAUACCAGGUUUAGUAUGAACCAGCAUUUAAUCUAUGCAAGGAUCACAAUGGAAAUGGGAGGCUGGUGCAACUUCUCCCUUGUUGCCGCAAACUGGCAACACAUGCCAUGAUCUUUUCUCUUUUGAUUUUCUAUCAACAUUGUAUUUUAUUGAUGCGUUCUAGUUCAAAUGGCAUUUCCUUUCCUUGUAAGAGCAUGGAAUAGAAUGAGAGUGCAUGAGUAAGUUAUCCCAAAACAAUCAAAGACAGAGAAACAAAAAUUACCUCAUUGUGUUCUUUUGGAAAAACAUACCGGAAGGAGGGGUGCAUACCAUGACCAGAGAACUUCAGAAGGUUUGAGCCAUAAGAAAGCAAUUUUUGUAUUCCUUAAUAUGGUGAUUGACCUUGAUUAAAUAAUCUCUAAUUAAUAGUUUAUCCCAAAAUUUUGGGACUAAACUAUUACUAUUUGGUAGAA